AGCCGAGACCUGGAACGGCUUCCGGUUUCCGGUUUCGCGCGACGGAAGUGAUAAAUUGCGGUGCGCCGGGCGCAGUGCGAGGUCGGAGUGGUGAUGAGCCGUGUCCUCUGUGUACCCCGAGCACGGGCCCUCCAGGCGCUGAAGUUCAUGCUCUGGGCUCCCCGAAGCCUGCAUCUGCCGCCCGGUGGCCCGCCUCGGGCCAAGACCCGGGUUGAGGGCGAGGAAGAGGAUGACCCCAACCGCCCCAUUCUGUUUUCCUUCAGCAAAGCCAACCCGUCUCGCUGGACGGUGGAGCAUUCCUUGGGAAGGGAUCAGCAGCGGCCAUGGUGGAAGGUGCUGCCCUUCAGCUUGUCCCUCAUGAUUCUAGUCAUUUGGUGCUUCUUUAGGCAGGAGACCAGCGCGGACGGAUGGUUGAGACAGGUGUUAGAAGAAGAGGAGCCGGAGCCCAGCGAUCCUUUUGAGGAAACUGGAACUCAGGCUGCCCACGGAGCAAGAACUUAAAAGGAUGUCCACAGGGCAGGCAGCGAGGCUUUGACGUCACAUUUGACCGUUUAUGUUGCGGUUAUGCGCGUUUCCAAACUGAAAGACUUGGAUGGCGCACCUGGCCGUGCUGACCUGUGGGAAAGAGAGCAGAAUAUCAGCAGGUCGGAGCCUCCCCCCUUGCCUGAUAAUUGAUACCCAACGAAUACGUCCAAAAGACUUUUCAGAUCUAUAGAAAAGGUUUUGGUUGCAGCGUGUGCUGUUAGAUUUGUGAUUUUGUUUCCAACGUAAUUUCGGUGACACUUGUAAUCCAGUGUUAUCCAGUUUGCAGGUCAUUUGCUUUCGGAAACAGAAUAACUGGUAGAAGAGUUAAACUUGUUACUUUAUAAUGUCCUGUGGUGUGUAUAAGUUGAUAUUUUACAAACUAACAAAUUGAUAAUAAAUUUUAAUUUGCUAAUGUGUAGGUAAGCCAGCCCCCUUUUUCUGCAUCUCAUUUUUUAAAAGGAAGGCUUUUAGUUCUUUUUCAAUUCCUUUCUUUUCCUUUUUUUCCAGAAUAGGAAUUGAGGAAAGAAACCUAAAUGUAAAUUGUGAAAUACAUCAUUCAAUGGUACCUGAGUAGAAUAAAACUGAUGUUUUUCUUUUGACAAAGUAUAGAGUUUUGGGUAUCUAAAUGAUAUGUUUUUCAAGUACUACUUAGUAGAAAACAUGUUUAAUUCUGAAUUUAAUACACGAUGCAAAAAGAUUUUAUUACGCUUCUAGUGGAAGGUUUUUUCUUGGCAUAUCUAUGGUGCUGAUAUUAAUUGGAAGUUUUUCUCACUAGGAUGUUUGAAAACCGUUGGCUGGUAGUGUACUGGCUUCUCACAAGGCCUCUACUGAAGUGCUCUAAAUAUCUGCCACACCUUGGUAAAUUAUGUUUGUCAGGGAAAUGGGGCGGAUACAAGUAUGUGCAUAUUUUAAAAAUGGAGAGACCAAGGUUUGGAAAGAUUGACCUAAUCAUAACUCAGGUCACCUUGUCAGUCCCAGUGAGCAAAGAACUAAGACAUCCUUUCUCUGACUUACUGUGGUUGUGGUCUCUUUGGUUGUGAAGUAUUUUGUUCGAGCAACAGGUAUUUAAACUCGAACCCUUACUUUACUCUUACUAGCUCCUGCAGGAAAAAAAAGUCAGAACUUUUGUUUUAAUUAAAAUGAACUCAUAUGAGAAAAGCAAGGUGAUUUAUCUGGAAAAGUAGACACUGUAAUAGCCAAAAGGAAGAAAAUCAGAAACACUGAUAAUCCCACCAUCUAAAAUAACCACUGUGAAUACUUUAUUGUUUACCUUUCCAGAUUGUGUGUGUGUGUGUGUGUGUGUAUGUACAAAUAUACAGUUUUUCUAAAACA